GCAUAGAGAUAUACAUAGAUAUAUAUACCACAUCUAAGUAUGUAAAUAUUUAUUUAGUCACGUGUUUUGCUCCAGUCCCUUCCAAAAUAUCGUGGUUGGAAUAUCAUGAAUUUGAUCCCAGCUUAUGUAUAUCUUUUAUUAAUCAUCUUUAUAAACCAUGCUUAUUCAGCACGACCACUUACACCUUAUCAAAGAAGUUUCACACCAGCUAGAAAUAUCAGUUGUGCACAAUGUGAAAUGAAAUUAGAAGUGGAUAAAUCAAAAACUUUUGUAGAAACUGAUAUGUAUCGUCGUAGAUGUUUAGAUGAACCGGAACUAUUCUUUAAACCAUGUAUUGUGAAUGAUAAGAAUACACCACGUGGAUGUGCUAAACUUACCACCUACUUAAAAGAACCCGUUGGUAAAGGUCGAAUUAAAGAAGUCACAUUGAUGAAACGUUUCUGUGCUACCGAAGGUGCUGAGCCAGAAGAAAUUAAAUGUGUUGAUCAUCCUUCAGAAGGCGGCAAUUCAGAAUUAUGUAUUUGUGGUACGGAUAAUUGUAAUUCUGCUCCACAAUUAUUGAAAUCGUCAUUAUCAUCACCUAUUUUUUCUCUCACAAUAUCAACCGUUUACAUGAUAUUUAUGAAAAUCAACUAAUUAAUAUCAUUAUUAGUCAACUUUGUAAGUAGUAUAUACAUAUUGUUGAGAAACAGAGAUAUUUUUAGUCAGAUGUGUUAACCGAUGGGGUGAAAUGCAUCACGUUAGUUUACUAUGUAAAUGUGUGAAAACACAUGCAGACGUACACAAACACCUAUGUAAGUACACCCCUACAAAAUUGUGCAUUUUCCUAAUUGGUAGCCGUAAUUCAUUUGUCAUUCUAUUCGCCUUUUUAAACUUACAUACAAUUAGGAUGGUUAUUACUACUAUUAUUGUCAAUAAUAUUGUAUGUUGUGAUGAUUGCUUUCUAUCGUGUUGUCCAUUAGUAUCAUAUACAUAUAAGUACAAUUUAGUUUUUACAUAAAUUCUACUGUUGUCAUUAUUAAUUAUAAAUGUACAACAGCAUUAUAUAAUAUAUAUAUAGUAAUAUUUACCAUACAUUCUUUAUCAGUAAUGCUUGUUGACUUUUAGUAAAUGGGGUUUUCCAGCUACUUUUAGGUAUAUUUGAAGAUAUUUCUAACAUAAUAAUGCAUAGGGGUACAUAUUGUCGAUCUGAAAUAGUUGUCACGUCGAUCCACUACCUGGUCGGUAGAAUCCAACCAAUUCUUGAAAGAUUAGACAAACAUGAAAUCCGCCAUCACUCAGUUAUAAAUAUCUCAGGAGUGUAAGAGACUAGUCCUAGUCUAAAUAGUUUAGUGAUAACGUCCCAGGAUAUAAAACAGUAUAUCGCUUGAAUACCACAAGGACUAUUAGUUCUUUCCAGUUUCCAGGCACAUCCUGAAAAUAAGGUCAAGUAGGGUUUCCUAUUAACUACCUCCAACUACCUAACAAAAACCAUUUUCUAACCGAAGAUAGACGGUUUCUUCUCUAUUAUUGAGUUUCAUUAUUAUAAUUGGCUUUAUUCAAUAUUAUAUUUCUGAUGCAACACAAUUUUCAGUAAAGUACGUCAACAAGUUUCAUUUCCUUAUUUCUUGAUCGAUUCUGACGAUAAAUACUGAAUGGUCACCAGUUAGAUGUUAGCAGAUCAGUAAUCGAUAUCUGAAUAAUGUUCAUUCUUUUCAACGGAUACUACCAGCCAUUACGAUGUCUCUGAU